UUGUUCUCACUCAUCCUAUCAAAGAAGUGGAUUCUCACCUUCCACUUACGCCUCGAAGGGCCACGGCAGUGGCUCGGAGACGUGGGUCAGAGGGUUCCGAUAAUACAGAUAAUGGAGAACGUCGUGCUCAUCGCAAUGCUCUCCUUCACCAGCGGGUUGCAAUUUUGCAGAAACAUGCCAGACCCGCUGAAGACAAAAAUCAGGUAGGAGAAUGGUAUAAUGCAAGAGCCCAAAAGGAUGCAGAUCAAUCAGCCUCUUCAAUUGAUGUUAGUGGGAGCGGCAUGUUUGUAUCCGGGAUCACACAGAAUGAUCCCGGAACAAUCACUGGACAAGUUUCAACUGACAUGAUAGGAAACUCUAAAAGAAGACGUGGUCCAAAUGUUGAAACUCUUCUAUCGGAUAAUGUGUUGAAGAAGGCGCAUUCUCAAGACAAGGAAAACCAUGUUCCUGUUCAUGUCCUGGGACGUACAGGUCAUGGACUAAAUAUUGAGAAUCGUUUUCGUGAUGGGACCUAUACAAUAAUGCGUGAUAUAUCAAAUAGAGACCUCAAUCCAAACCUGGGUUCUGACAAUCUCCAACUUCGCUUAAACGUUAAUGCACCCCCUGUAGUAAAAAAGCGCAAAGGCCGUGGGUUUAGCACUGAGAAGCGGAUACAGAUGCGGGAGAAAGAAACACCUCAUGGUCAGACACACGAGAACCACUCCUCAGCCAUCAACACAGAUAAAAGGCGGCAAAGCAUUCACACUCCGUCUUUAAGACCUUCAUCUUCGUAUUCGUCUGUAUUGACUGAUAUAUCUGGCAAAGAAGUUCUGCGUGAUUGCUGCACAUCGCCUGAUUAGAGAAAUUUUGGAAAAGCGGAGAAAGAUUCCAUGUCUAAACUAGCCUGAAUCUUCAUACUAAUUGCAAACUAUGUCACCAAUAGUUCUGAAUCAGAUUGCAUUGCACUUAGCUCAACAUAUUAUGGAGCCCACAAAUUGACAGAGAUGCUGAGGAUGCUUAAUAUUAAUCCAUAGGGGCAUAUAGAUCAGGAGCCCAUGAUUGUCACCGUUCUAUAGUUGUCUUUCUAAUGUGGCCGUGCCAGGCAGCUGACGUCUUUCUAUAACUGACAUCUGAAGCCACUGUCCGUUGCCUUGGUUUCUGUCUUUCAGACGCUGCACUAUUGGCUGCAUGAUUAUUUCUUUUCUACUGUUGUCCUAAAUCUCUUUGAGCUACACUGCAGAACUCUUCCUUUAAUGUAAUUUGUUGGUUUGUUUGGAAUGUUUUUCACCCAUAAUUGCAAGCAAAUGUUGAGAACUAAAGUAGUAUCGUUAGCAGGUAUUAGUUCGUAUUUGGUACAUGUCUGUAAGGGUAUCAGAUGCUAUUCAUAUGUUAUCACUUUUACAGAUCAAAAUAUCAACACAGAGUUUAUUGCUUUA